UCCAGGUUCAAGUCAGGCAAACGACUUGAUUUAAUUUAAGCUAAGUUCUUUAUUGGUAAUUAUUCGACGAGUCUUACCAUUUAAAGUUGUUGUUUUGAGUCCAAGCAGGGUGGAAAGAUUUACAAAAGCUAAGUGAAAGAAAUUCUUUUUUGGCAUAUUGUAUUAUAUACAGCUAUAUUUGAUGUUGACCUCAUACAUGAAUAAAGAAAAAACACGUGUAGUUUUUACUUUCUACACAUUUACUCAAAAAACUUUUAGAUGAGUAAUUAUCUUAUUUUGACUUCAAGCCAAGUGAGGUUUUUGUGCACAAGACUGGUAAAAACAAAUAUUUCAUUAUUCGCAUCCUGUUGUGCCGCCGGGCGUUGGUGACGUCACAACUCCAAAGAUUCCCCCCCUUCCUAACAAAACCACCUUCUUUUCUUCGCUUUUUUUCUCUGCAACCUGACACGACUGCCACGUCCAAACUUCCCGGAACGCCAGGAGGAACCUCUGAGCAAAACCUUUUGGACGUCAAGCUGAACUUCCAAGACAUGGCAGAAGAGCACAGAUAAAAAAAAUGGGUUGCUCACUCCUCCUGUUGGCCAGCACCGUGUCCGGUCUGGGAGGUCUGCUCUAUGGUUAUGAACUGGCCAUUAUCUCCGGUGGUUUGCUCCAGCUCAAGGCCCAAUUCCAUCUCACCUGCGUCCAGCAGGAGGUGCUGGUCAGCUCUUUGCUGGUCGGCGCACUACUGUCCUCCCUGGUGGGAGGAACCUUGAUUGACUGCUAUGGCCGUCGAAAGUCCAUCCUCCUCAGUAACGCCCUGAUGCUGACUGGUAGCCUCAUCCAGCUAAUCAGCUCCUACCCUGCGCUGCUGUGUGGCAGGUUCACAGUGGGCGUGUCCAUCUGUCUGUCCUCUAUGUCCUGCUGCAUUUUUGUCUCGGAGAUGGUCACCCCCGAGCGUAGGGGAUUCCUGGUUACCCUGUACGAAGCUGGGAUCACUGUGGGCAUCCUGGCAGCCUACACCAUGAACUACAUCCUGUUUGACUUGGAGAGGGGCUGGACAUGGAUGUUUGGCCUGGCUGUCGUACCAACCUUGGUUCAGCUUGUGGCCAUAUGCUUCCUUCCGUCCAACACUGGCAGAAACGAGUGUGACUUAGACCUUACCACUACCACCGACACCCAAGAAGAAUGUGACUCGAAGGAACAAGCGCAGUAUGACAUCAAGUAUCUUUUCAAACGCAAAGACAACAUGAGGAGCCGCACCGUGGUCGGCCUGGGCCUGGUGCUGUUCCAGCAGUUCACAGGACAGCCCAGCGUUCUCUUCUACGCCUCCACCAUCUUUCACUCAGCCGGCUUUCAAAACGCAGACUCUGCGGUACUAGCCACUGUUGGCGUUGGACUGGUCAAAGUGCUGAUGACGUUCAUCUCCAUGGUGUGUUCCGAUAGAGUGGGAAGGAGGCCCCUGCUCAUCAGUGGAUGUUGCGUCAUGGCGUUGGGUCUCAUAACCAUCGGACUUCUUAGCGGAUAUUCAGUGAAGUACACUCAGGGGCUUUGUAACAUAGACCACGUCAUUGACAACAGAACGGGUCAGUUCCAGUUUACCGAUGGGAACCACACGCUUUUGAACUCACCGCUGGGCGAGACCAACACAGUCCAAGAUGCCGGGGACCAAAAAACCCCAGAACCUCUGGAAUUUGCAAUAGAAAGUUCUCCUAAUGUUCAGGAAAAGGUUUACAACUGGAUCAUUCUUGUGUGCGUAAUGGCUGUUGUUGCGGCAUACUCCAUUGGAUUUGGACCAAUGACGUGGCUUCUCCUCAGCGAGAUCUUUCCCACCGCAGUGAGAGGACGAGCGUUCGCACUCAGCAGCUGCUUCAACUGGAGCGCUCACCUCUUGGUCACCUUCACUUUCCUGGAUGUGUUCAAUGCAGUCGGUCUGGGUGGAACGUUCCUCAUGUAUGGUGUGAUCUCGGUGGUGGCCGCCAUUUUCUUCUACUUUUUGCUGCCAGAAACCAAAGGCAAGACGCUGGACCAGAUCGACAAGGAGCUGCGCUUCAACAGGUUUCAUCGCAGCGUGAAGCAGCGCGUCUUCAUCAGCACGUCGUCUUUUCAGCAUCGCUACCAAAGAGUCCGCUGUCAAGCCUAUACUCCGUAGGAAAAGAUCAACAAGGAUCCAUGAAUCAUUUUAAAUCACCUUGAGUAUUAAGGGGACAGCUCUAAAAUGGUUCCAGUCAUUUUUGACCAGCAGGAGUUUUUCCAAUACUCCUCCUCUGAGUCUACCUUAACCUCCUAAGACCCAGCGUCCUCUGAAGUGGACAUUCAUGUUAAGUAUACAACUUUCUGACAACAAACGUCCUCCAAAGUGGAAAUUUGUGUCAAACAACGUGGACAGUUGUGUUAAGUGUAUAACUUCCUGAGAAAAAUGUCCUCCAAAGUGGACAUUUGGGUUGAUUGUAUAAUCUCCGGAGACCCAGCGUCCUCUGAAGUGGACAUUUGUGUCAAGCAGAGUGGACAUUUGUUAAGUUUGUGACCUAAGAAUCAGCGUCCUCUAAGGUGGACAUUUGUGUCAAGCAAAGUGGACGUUAAUGUUAAGUUUGUGACCUCCUAAGAAUCAGCAUCCUCUAAGGUGGACAUUUGUGUCAAGCAGAGUGGACAUUGUUAGUUUGUGACCUCCUAAGAAUCAGCGUC